AACUUAUUAUUACAGGAUUAAACAUCCAAAAACCCAGUUUUUGGCUGUCCUUUUUUUGUAGUUUAAUUAACUUAAUUUGCUUGUCUCAAGGAAACAGCUCCUCUCUUACAGAUGUGGUUUUUAAUGAAGACGAGUCAUAUAGAUUCCCCCCAAGUGGCUCAAGCUCAAACCCCACAGCUUAUAAAUACAGCAUUCAUGGCUGUCUCUCAAGCACCCCAAACAAAAACACAUCUUUGCUUCAUCUUGUUUUGUUUUUUCUUCUUACAUUUGAAUCUGGUAAUGGCUUCAAGCUCUUUACGUUCCAAAGAUUCAGGUCCAACAUGGACCCCAAAACAGAACAAACUGUUCGAAAAAGCAUUGGCACAGUUCGAUAAAGAUACACCAGAUCGUUGGCAAAAUGUUGCUAAGGCUGUUGGUGGUAAUAAAACUGCUGAAGAAGUUAAGAGACACUACGAAAUCCUCAUCCAAGAUCUCGAACAUAUCGAGUCCGGUCGGAUUCCGAUUCCCAAAUAUAAGUCGAGUGGCGGCGGCGGCAAUGGCGGCCGGUGAUCGAGAAGGAAAAGGAAAAGGCUGAGGAGUUUUAUCUUUUUAAGUUGCAAUGAAGUCCAAGACUGGUGGCCUAACUUUCAAAUAUCAUAUAUAUUUAUUCUCAAUGCUAUGAGACCCCAUUUCUCUUUUCUUUUCUUUUUCUUCUAUUAUUAUUAUCUUCAUGAAUUGUAAUGAAAAUUAUCUAUUUU